AUGUGGAAGUCGUCUGCUGGUGUUAACAUUGAAAUACCUGUUGAGAAUAUGGAUGAUGAUUGGGAGACCGAUCCUGAUUUCGUGAAUGAUGUUAGCGAGGAAGAACAGAGAUGGGGUUCUCGGACAGUACCUGGUUCUGGUCGAGUAUUGGACCAUGUUGAGUUAGUACUUCUGUUUUUGAUUACCUACUUAUAAAUAUAAUUAAUUUUUUUUUUUAUUAAGUAUGAGUCAAUUGCGGGAUGAAGUAACUAAAGCUCAUAAGGAUCAAAAAAAAAGAGAGAUGGAAGAAGGACCUCAAGCAGCAUUUGGAUAUGGUGGAAAAUUUGGUGUACAAUCAGACAGGUAGUUGUCAUAUAAAUAAAUUAUAUAUUAUUUAGUAGGUACCUAGGUGUAAUUUAUUGUAUACCUAUAUAAUAUUUAUUCAUUAGUAGGUUAGGAGGAAUCUAAUUUAUAUGCAAUAUGUUUGUUUUUUCUUUACAAAAUAUAAAACUGCUAUACAUUUUAGUUUAAACAGUUUAAAUUUUAAGAAUUUUUAUCAAAAUUGUAUACCUAUUUAUCAAAAAAUGUAGGGUUUUGUUUUAAAUUGUUUUUAUUUUUUCAGAAUGGAUAAAUCAGCUGUUGGACACGAUUAUAUUGCACCUAAAUUCAAGCAUGCCUCACAGACUGAUUACAGUACUGGUUUUGGUGGUAAAUUUGGGGUUCAAUCAGAUCGAAUUGAUAAGGUACCUAUAGAAAAUGUUUCAAAUGCUAUAUUAAUUUCUUGUUUUGUUUACAAGCUCUUAUUAUUUAUUAAUUUGAUCAAAGUUCUUUAAUAAUGUAUAUUCUGAAUAUCUAUUAAUCUAAUGUUACCUAACUUUAUUUUAAAGUAUUAUUACUUAUUAUUUUACAUAAUUUUUUUUAUGUUUAGUUAAUAUUUUACUAUUAUUAAAUAAAAUCUGUUUUUAUAAAUAUAUGUAUUCUAUAUUUUAGAGUGCUGUAAGUUGGAAUCAUAAAGAAAAAAUUGAAAAACAUGCAUCUCAAAAAGAUUAUAGUUCCGGAUUUGGUGGAAAGUUCGGCGUGCAAGCUGAUCGGCAGGAUAAAAGUGCUGUUGGUUGGGAUUAUGUUGAAAAAUUACAAAAACACGAGUCUCAAAAAGGUUAGGUUAUUAAAAUAUUUGUAAUAACUUAUUCAUUAUACUUAUCUAUUUAUUUAUUUAUUUUUGAGCAAUAGAUUAUGCUGUUGGUUUUGGCGGUAAGUUUGGUGUACAGUCAGACCGUCAAGAUAAAUCUGCAGUUGGAUGGGAUAGUGUAGAAACUGUUGAAAAACAUCAAAGUCAAGUUGAUCAUAGUAAGGUAUGUUCUACUUCUUUCUUAAAGACAAGGUUAAAUAGUCAAUUCAAGCUGGGGAGGAGCAUAUAAUACUUAAAUGUAUAAAUGAAGUAUUAUACCUCUAAAAUUAUACGUUAAUAGGUUUUAUAUAUAUAUAAAACCUAUUCAUAAUAUAGACAUAUUGUUUGUUAUAAUUUAAUUAACAAGGAGGUGAUAAGAUCAAUUAUAACAUUUUCUGGUGUAAGAAGUAGACUGGAGGAAAAAUGAUCCAAAAAACUUAAAUUAUAAAAUUAAAAUUAUUAAAAAAAAUGUAAACUAAAUAGAAUAAUACCAAAUACUUAAUAAUUACUAAUCAUAAUUAAAUAUUAAAGUAUAUUUUAUAAAUUUAUAAUUCAUAAUAAUUAAUAGUAUACAAGUUUGAUCAGUAUUAAUUUUAAUAAAAAUAUUAAAAUUUAAAAUAAUUAAAUAAUUAACACAACGUUAUUUACUACAGAAUACUAAAGGAAUAUUAUGAAAUAUUUAGGUAGUGUAUGUAUAUUUAGGUGUGUACUAUUCGUUAUUAAAUCUUGUUUAUGCCAAUCAAUGAUGAUAAAAGUUAAAAUUUGGUUUUAUAAGUAUAUGCAAUUAUAAUAGUAUCAAUCUUAUACAGUACACUAAAUAAAAAAACUUUUACAUAUGAUUUUUCCCUACCUUGUAUUACAUAUUAUUAUAAAUUAUAAUAUAUUAUUUUUAUUGAAAUCAUGCUAUUUUUAUUAUUUAUUAGGGUUUUGGAGGAAAGUAUGGUUUACAAAAUGAUAGAAUAGAUAAAUCCGCUCAUAAUUAUGCAGAAAGUUCUGGACAGGUUGGGACAAAUUACCAAAAAGAGAAACCAGAAAUAAGUAAGUAAUAGUUUCUUAUCACUAGUAUAACACAUUAAAGUAAAAUUAAUGAAUAAAAAAAAAAAAAUGAAAUUAUUAGUACACAAGUAUAAUCAAUUAUUUUUAGCAAGUAUUAAACCAUCAAAUCUCCGAGCAAAAUUUGAAAAUAUUGCCAAGCAAGAAGAAGAAGAAAAUGAAAAACGGCGUUUGGCAGAACAAGAAAGGAGAAAACAGAGAGAAUUACAAGAAAAAAAAGAAGCUCGUGAAAGAGAAGAAAAACGAUUAAAAGAAUUGCAACAAAAAGAAGAACAGAAACAAAAGCUUUUAGAUGGUCCUGACCAACUUAACAAAAUUGCUCCAAUUACGGUAAAUUAAUUUUGAGUAGUUUGUAUAAUACAUUGAAAAAAAAGAGAUGUUUCUUUUUUUUUUUUUUUUUUAAAUUGAUUAAUAAUUGUUUUAACCCCUAGAAUACUGAAAUACUUGGAUAGUUUAACAUAGUUUUAUGAUUAUACAAAUUUAAAUCAAACUUAUGUAUUUUAGAAAAUUGAUUAUGACGAAGAGGAGUCACCAAUAUCUACAGAGUCUGUUCUACCACCAAUUGUUGUGGGAGCAACUAUUCAACCAUCUAUGAAAAAUCAUGAAGAAGCUUUAAAAAGAAUAGCAACUGAGGAAAAAGAGCAUACACAAAAAAGUGAACAAACUAGAAUUGAAAGGGAAAAUAUUUUGCAAAAAAAAAUAGAAGAGAAAAAAAUAAACGAAGAAAUAAAAAGAGAAAAUGAACUGAUGAAAAAAAAAGAACAGCAAAAAUUAAAAGAAGAAUUUAUUACACAAGAAAAUGAAAAGAAAAAGUUAAAAGAUUUAGCUGAAGAAGAACAACGCAUAAAAAAAACAGAGGAAGAAAAAAAUACAGAAGAAUUAAGGAGAAAGUUAGAAGAAGAAACUAGAAUAAAAUUAGAAGAAGAAACCAGGAAAAAAUUGGAAGAAGAAACUAGAAAAAAAAUAGAAGAGGAAGCCAGAAAACAAUUAGAAAUAGAAACAAAAAAACAAUUAGAAGCAGAAACUAAAAAAAAAUUGGAAGAAGAGGUAAGGAAAAAAGAAGAAGAACGGCAGUUAGAAGAACAAAAACUUCAUGAACAGCUGAAAAAUGGAGCAGUAUGUGAAGAAGAACCAGAAGGUGGAUAUACUGCUGUAGCUUUAUAUGAUUAUGAAGCAUGUAAGUGUAGAUUAUGGUUUUUAAUAAUAAUCAAUAUAUUAUAUACCACUUCAACGAUGGACCACCCAUCUUGUAAAUUAUGUUCAUUUUUUUAUACUAAUAUUUUAUUAUAUAGCUGACAAUUUUACUUUUUUUCUUAUUGCUUGAAAGUAUUCAUAUUCAAAUAUGUCUUUGUUUUAUAGUUUAUCUUUAUUCCCAUUUUGCUUUACCUGUAGCAGUAUAUUGAACGAAAGAAAUAGAUGGAAAGUCAGUCACUGGCGACCUAAUGAUUUUCAUUAGUGUUAUAGAUAACCAUACAGCACAGGGAUUAAACUAUACAUCCACUAUACAUAAUAGUACUAUAAAAGUUUAGUGUUUUUAUACUGUACCAAAAAAUACAAAGAUUCAAAGAUAAAAAAGGUGUUUUCACUUUUCACUUAUCCAAUCAGUACAGUACAUAGUUUUGUAUUUUUUUUUCAUCCAUAUUAUCAAAUUGACCCAUCCUAUUUCAAGUAAAUAAUAGACUGGUAGACAAUCAGAUACUCUUUAUUUUAAGUUGCUAUAGUUGUUAUGGUAUUUUUAUUUUUAUUUAUUUUUUGUUUAAAUUGUUUUUUAUUCACUCAGUGUAACUAAAGUAACCCAUAGUUAACAAAAAUAAUUUAAUUUUCAUACCGAAAAUACCUAAGAACUUUUUAUCCCCUUCUUGGUCGUUAAUCUAAAUGAAGACUACCCUAUAUUUUAAGUUGAACCAAAUCGCACACAUUAAGCAAAAUCAGUUGAGUAGUUUCAGAGUGCACUGUAUGUAAACUCUAGCGAUUUUCAUAAUAUUAAAGAUAAUGUUUAUAGGAUUUAAUACUAAAUUAUUCUUUUAUUUUUUUGUAAAUUAUAGGGUCUCGGUUAAAAAUUUGUUUUUCUGUCUGUCUUAUAAGUAAUUUAUUAUAGCAACAAAGGCAUUUUUUAUUUUCAUGUUUGCAACUCUGGUUUAGCAAAGGCAAUUAUCAAAUAAGACUAUGUACAUUUUAUAAAGAAAAGUAUUUAUGAAAUUAUCAAUAGAAAAUGCCAUAGUUAAGAAACUAUAAUAUCUGACACAUUUGGUUUUGGGUGAAAUUCUUUGACUAUAAAAUGUUUAAUAAUUAAUAUAAGGAAAACAAAUUAUGUGUUAUUCAUGGGAAUUCAAAUAAUUAUUUAACUAUCUAUUUAUAUUAUUUACAAUAUGUAAUUAUUAUUGAAGAAAUUAUUUUAUUUUAGCGGCUGAUGAUGAAAUAAGCUUUGAUCCUGAUGAUAUUGUAACAAAUAUCGAAAUGGUAAGUAUUACAAAAAUAAAUCUACAACAAUUUUAAUUUUGUUAUUAAGAGGACAUUAUAGUUGCAUCUACUGUCUCAGUCCAACUACCGGGUAACAUACUUAAAAAAUGCUUUUGCGGCAUAAGUAAAACUCGCUUAAUUUUAAUUUUAGAGUAAAAGUACUUAUUAUGAAACAUAGAGAACAAUAUUUUAAAGGGAAUGCCAUACAUUUUUUUUUUUUUUUAAUUAUGAACUAUUAAAAAUGUUGCAGUUGUUUAAAAAACUAAAAAAUAAAAUGUUUUGUAUCUUUUAUAUCAAGCUUUAUAUUUUGAAUAAUACAAAAAUCCUAUGACAUACCUUCCAAAAUAUUGUUCUCUAUAAAUUCCAUAGUAAGAACUUUUAUUCUAAAAUCAAAAUUAAGCUAGUCUUACUUAUUCUGUUUAAGCAUUGUUUACGCAUGUUACCCGGUAAUUGGACUGAGAUAGUAGAUGUGGGUAUAACAUCAUCUUAAGUUAUGUUAUUUUUUAUUUCAUUCAUCUACUUUAUAAAAAGUGUAAUUUAGUGAAGAGGAACUUAUAUAGUUGCAGUUUUAUUAUUUUUAUUUAUUUAAAAUAUUUCUAUGUAUAAUUUGAUUUUUUACAUUGGUAUUUUAAUUUUAACUAUUGUUUAUUGAUUGGAAAACAAAAAAAAUAAAGUAUAUUGAUUCUAAUUAAGAGUUAAGUGGUUGAAAUACUAGAAAUAAUUUAUUAUUAAUAUUUUAGAAAUGUAGUAAAUAUUCAUUGUUUUAUAAAUUUUAUAAUUAUAGAUUUUACUUUUUCAGAUUGAUAAAGGCUGGUGGAGAGGAUUAUGUAAAGGUCAAUAUGGUCUAUUUCCAGCCAAUUAUGUUGAAAUUAUUCCUUAA